AUGUACGAAGGGAUUGACAACCUGAAAUCCCUUUACGACCGUGCCGGGAAGACUUUCUCCUGCGUUCCUUCUGUGGCACAGGAUGUGCCGCGUCGUACUGCUCAACCAGACCCAGUACGUCGAUCAUCAGUUGGGAGCGGGGCUCCCAAGAAUCCCAGGACGGGGGAUAGCCGCGCCACCGGACGAGAUAACUCGUCCGACGUCCGUUCACGUCGCGGUGGUUCAACAGCUGCUCAACUAGAUAGCGCUGGCCACCGCGAGAGUCCUCUAAUGGAGGUGGAGGAGGAGGAAAGACGCUCUCCACACGAUCAUGUGGAUCGGUGUGUACCCGAGAGCUUCUUUGAUCGCGUAACGCAAGGGUUACGCGACGAUCUCGAACAUGAGCGGAAUAGGCGUCUCCAAAUGGCGGACACUGCCUCGAAGCAUCGAGCUGAGUUUGCCUUUGCUCAGCUUGAGAACGAGAGAUCUCUGACAUCUCUUCGUGACGAGCUAAGGGUAGCUCGUGGGAUUGCUGAUCGGUCUCGGGAUGAGAUAGCUGCUCUUCAGACCCUUGUUGAUGCCCACCAUCGGGAGCACAAGGCUCUCUGCGAGAUGCUUGAGCGCAAGGGCGUUCUUCAUCGGAAGAAGCAGCGUACUGAUGUUACGGCUUAA